AUGCACCGGGCCGACCCGCAGCCGCUCGUCGCUGUAGAUGCGGCUCAUCGUCCGACCGGAUACUGGGAAGGCUUCCGGCGGAAACUAGUCGAUCACCCAGGUAACGGCCCCAUGGAGGGGCCGGAGCUGCGGCUGUUGCCGCCCGAUGCUCGGGACCGCGACUCGCAGCGUUGCCGCCUGGGGCCCCGGGCUCUGGCAACGCUGGCCGUGCGCCUCGGUGCCCCGCUACGGGUGUGCGUGGCCGGUGGCCUGGCCCUCUGCUCCGCCUGGCCCCGGGCUGACCGCGCCGACGGCUUCGUGCAGCUGGACACCAAGUGCGCCAGCCCGGGCUUCCCCGACAGCGCGGCCCGAGGCCUAAGCCUGGGCAUCGGGCAGUUGCAGCCCCUCGGCUGCAGUAGGGCCCGGCGGGUGUGUGUGCGGGCGGUGGUGGCGGCGCGGCCCGACGGCCCGGAGCCUCCGUCCCCGCUCCCCCUCCCGCUGAUCCGCGGCCUGCUGAAGGGCGUCUACCUGAGCGCCGGGCUGGUGGUGCGGGUAGCAGGCCCCGAGGCCUCGGCCUGUCCCGGCGCCUUGCUCCAGCUCGAGGUCGUCUGGCUGGAUCCACCGGCAGCUGGGGCCGCUCUGUUAGCGGCAGGUGCAGAGGUGCAGGUGGCUGAGGUGCUGAGUUUGGAUCAGUACCGGGCCGAGUGCCGAGCCCCGCCCGAGGCACCGGGGCCGGGGCCCGAGCCUGUUCUCACCUCCCUGCGGGAGGCGCUGGCCUGGCCGCUCCUCUACCCCAAGACGUCGGCGCGCCUGGGCCUGGACUGCCCGCGGGGCGUGCUGCUGCUCGGGCCUUCGGGCGUGGGCAAGACCCGGCUGCUGCACUGCCUGGCCCGGGAGCUGGGCGCCACGGUGCUGGAGGCCUCCGCCUCAGCUUUGCUCGGGCCGCGGCCCGGGGACAGCGAACGCCGCCUCCGGCGUCUCUUUGGGCGGGCUGCGGCCGAGCGUCGGCCUUGCCUGCUCUUCAUCGACCAGUUGGACGCCGUGUUUUCCCGCAGGGCGGGUCGGAGCCAGGGCGCCGGGCACCGGCUGUUGGCGCAGCUCCUCGGCCUGCUCGAUGGGCAGGACCGCAGGCAAUUCGUGUUAGUGGCCGCAACGGACAGACCCGAGGCAUUGGACCCCGCACUGAGGAGGCCAGGACGAUUUGAUCGGGAGAUCACAAUCGGAGUCCCUACUAUGUUGCAACGCCAAUCCAUUUUGGAAGCGGUCACUGCCCCGAUGCCUCUGAGCGCUGAUGUUAAUGUGUCCUGGCUGGCGGAAGCAACAAGUGGCUACGUUGGGGCUGACCUGACAGCCCUGUGUCGAGAGACCGCACUGCAGGUCAUCAGGCGCAGUUCCCAGAGCUCGGUGAAGCAGCGGAUUACACUGGCAGACUUCCAGGAGGCGCUGAAGAUCGUGUUCCCUUCAUCUUUGCGGAGCAGCAUUGGCCUGACUGACUUCAGACCCGUGCCCUGGGACCAGGUCGGAGGUUUGGAUGAUAUCAAGUUGAAACUAAGGCAGAGUGUCGAGUGGCCACUGAUGUACCCGGAAGCAUUUGUGAGGAUGGGACUGAGGCCUUGUCGAGGUAUCCUCCUGUAUGGACCACCAGGAUGUGCAAAGACCACGUUGGUGAAGGCCACGGCCUCCAGCUGCCGGUGCUCCUUGCUGUCGGUCAGUGGGGCUGAGCUCUUCUCCCCCUUUGUGGGUGAUUCUGAAAAGGCGUUGUCUGAGGUCUUUCGCCAGGCUCGAGCUGCCGCUCCAUCAAUCCUGUUCCUGGAUGAGAUUGACUCAAUAGUUGGGUCUCGGUCGAGGGACAUUGCAAGUGGCCACAGUGUACAGCAGCGAGUACUGUCUGUCCUUCUCAACGAGAUGGAUGGAAUUGGAUCCCCACUGGCUGAGAGAAGAGGAACUGGCAAGAGCAUGCUGACGUGUGAAGGGGAUCAAUCUGAGGAACAGGCAAGAAAGAUAGAGUUUCAGGAAAUUUGUAACAAAGGCGUCAUUGUGAUUGCUGCUACGAAUCGACCAGAUCUCUUGGACGAUGCUUUACUGCGACCUGGCCGCUUUGAUCAAAUCAUCUAUGUUCCACCCCCAGAUGAAGAGGCAAGACUUUCCAUUCUGAGGAUCUGCACUUCCAAAACGCCACUGGAUGGCGUGUGCCUGAAGGAGCUAGGAGCUGCGACCGCAGGAUUUACUGGAGCAGAUUUACAGAAUUUGUGCAAGGAGGCUGCGUUAUUGUCUCUACAAGAAAAUGGGCUUGAUGCUGCCGCAGUGACACAAAUGCACUUCAUGAACUCUCUUCAGAGUUUUCAACCUUCACUAACUGACCAGCACUUUGACUUUUACUGCAACCUGUUCUCAGCUAGGAACCCAGGAAUGUGACCAUUGAUUCCAGAGUAUGUAACCUUUGACCUUUUGCCAAAUCACUGGUUCAGCCAUGGACAAAUGAAUCACAACUGCUUAAAGAUUUAUUGUGUUUUAUUUUGAAUAAAUGUAGAAGUAUUUUUUAUACUUCAAUCUGUAAGUGUGACUUUAUAAAGUAGAAAAUAGAAUUGUAAAAAAAUAUUAAAUAUCUAAAGAAUGCAGUU